AGUGCGGAGGCGGCGGCGGCGGCGGCGGCGGCGGCGGCCGGGCUGCGCGGCUGCGGGGCUGCGGGGUCGCGUGGCCGCUGCGGGUCCGCUGCCAUGGAGGAUCCUGUUCAAGAUGGGGUGGCGUCACCAGCCGCCCCUGGGACCGGGAAAUCCAAGCUGGAAACAUUGCCUAAGGAAGAUCUUAUCAAGUUUGCCAAGAAGCAGAUGAUGCUAAUACAGAAAGCUAAAUCCCGAUGUGCAGAAUUGGAGAAAGAAAUUGAAGAACUGAAAUCAAAACCUGUUGCUGGAGGAGCUGAUGAUAUUAUUAAGGCAUUGACUGAACGUCUAGAUGCUAUUCUUCUGGAAAAAGCAGAGACUGAGCAACAGUGUCUUUGUCUGAAGAAGGAAAAUAUUCAAAUGAAGCAAGAGAUUGAGGAUUCUGUAACUAAGAUGGAAGAUGUGUACAAGGAGUUUGAACAAUCACAAAGAAACUAUGUGAAAGAAAUUGAAGAUCUGAAAAAUGAAUUAAUGAUAACACAUUCUAAACACAGUGAAGAUAAAGCUAGCUUGCAAAAGGAACUGGAAGAAGCAACAAAAAAACAGUUAGAACUUUUUGAACAACUUAAAUUUCAGGGUGAUUGUGAGGAUAAAGUUAAAAAACUACAAGAGGAGAUUCAGAAUAUCAGGCCAGCCUUUGAGGAGCAAAUUUUAUAUCUGCAAAACCAAUUAAGAGCUGCUACAAAUGAAAAGGAGCAAGAAAUUUCUCGUCUCCAAGAAGUCAUUGAGGCUAAUUCCCAGCAUUACCAAAAAGAUAUUAAUGGUUUGAAAGAAGAAAUUUUGCAAUUGAGAACUACACACCAAGAGCAGAUUAAAGAAUUGAUGUGCCAGAUUGAAGCAUCUGCUAAAGAAGAUGAAGCAGGAGUAAAUAAUUUAAACCAGCUAAGGGAUAAUUUAGUCACACAAUGCAAGGCAAGUGAGAUGUACGUUCAGGAGAAAUGUGAAUGUGAAUUAGAAAACUUAGAGAAUGCCCCAAAUGCGAACCACAAAAAUCAGGCAUUUCCUUUGGUCUUACAAGAAGAUGCAGAACAAGUAGUAAAUGAAAAAGUCAAACAUUUAGAAAAUACUUUAAAAGAAUUGGAGUCUCAACAUAGUAUUUUAAAAGAUGAGGUAACUUACAUGAAUAAUCUUAAAUUAAAACUUGAAAUUGAUGCACAACAUGUAAAGGAUGAGUUUUUACAUGAACGAGAAGACUUGGAGUUUAAAAUUAAUGAAUUGUUGCUAGCUAAAGAAGAACAGUGCUGUGUAAUUGAAAAAUUAAAAUCUGAACUAGACGAUUCACAUAAACAAUUUUGCUAUACUGUAGAACAACAUAAUAAAGAAGUGCAGAGUCUUAAAGAACACCACCAAAAAGAAAUAUCAGAACUAAAUGAGACAUUUUUAUCAGUCUCCGAAAAAGAAAAAUUAACAUUAAUGUUUGAAAUACAGGGUCUUAAGGAGCAGUGUGAAAACCUACAGCAAGAAAAGCAAGAAGCAAUUUUAAAUUAUGAGAGUUUGCGAGAAAUUAUGGAAAUCUUACAAACAGAACUGGGGGAAUCUGCUGGGAAAAUAAGUCAAGAGUUUGAAUCAAUGAAGCAGCAGCAAGCAUCUGAUGUUAAUGAACUUCAACAGAAGCUCAGAACUGCUUUUAAUGAAAAAGAUGCUCUUCUUGAAACUGUGAAUCGUCUCCAGAGAGAAAAUGAAAGGUUAUCCCAAGAAGAAUUAGUACAAGAACUUGAAAAUACCAUAAAAAGUCUUCAAGAAAAGAAUGAAGUAUGUUUAAUUAGUCUGCAUCAGAGAGAUAAAAUGAUACAAGAUUUUGAAGCAAAGAUAAGUUCUCUUACUGAGGAAAAAAAUAAUUUCAUAAGUAAAAUAAAAUUAUCUGAUGAAGAGAUGGAUAAUCUCAAUAAGAAAUGUGAAAAGGAAGAACAAUUGAUCAUAGAACUUAGGGGAAAAGUGAAGCAAAGUAGCCAGUACAACACUGAACUAGAACAAAAGGUAAAUGAAUUAACAGGAGAACUAGAAGAAACUUUAAAAGAAAAGGAUCAAAAUAACCAAAAACUAGAAAAGCUUAUGAUUCAAUUAAAAGCUAUGUCUGAAGACCAGGAAGCACUGUCAUCUGAAGCCAAGUCUCUUUAUGAGGAAAAUAACAGAUUAAGUUCAGAAAAGAGCCAAUUGAAUAGGAAUUUAGAAGCUCUUCUGUCCCAAAAAGAAGGAGAUUUUAUGCUUAGGGAACACAUUUCUGAAUUAGAAAAGAAACUUCAGUUAACAGUUAAGGAACGAGAUAAUUUAAGUACACUGUUUGAAAAUGAGCAGGAUCAGAAGUUAUUUGUCAAAACUCAGUUAAAUGGUUUUCUUAAGCAGAUGGGAUCCAAAGCUUCAGAAGAUGGAGAGCAAGAUGUCAUGAAUGUCCUACAAGCUAUAGGUGAAUCCUUAACUAAAAUAAAUGAAGAAAAACACAACUUGAUUUUUCAGUAUGAUAAGAGGGUAGCAGAGUUAGAAAAAAAGAUGAAGUGCCUUCAAGAAGAGAAUGUAGUUCAGUGUGAAGAACUUCGGUCUUUACUCAGAGACAAUGAACAAGAGAAAGUUUUUUUAAGUAAAGAGUUAGAAGAAAUCCUGUCACAUAAAGAGGUCUUGCAGUCUGAUCUGCUAGAAAUGAAGAAUGUUAAUGAAAAACUAAGACUCGAAAAUCAGAAUCUUUUAAGUCAAGUUGAAGAAGCCUCUCAAAAAUUAUGUAGCAAAAAUGAAACCCAUGAAGAAGAACAAAUUUUUGCAAAGGAACUUGAAAAUCUGAGGUUAUCACUAGAACAAAAAGAAGCUGAAUUGCAGAAUGUGAGAGCAGAAUUGUUAUUAUUAAAGGAUUCCUUAGAGAAAUCACCCAUAGAAAAUGAUCAACCUUCUUUACUAAAAGAGCUGGAAGAAAAAAUAGGAUAUCUGGAAAAAGAAUCCAAAGAGAAAGAGGAAAAAAUAAAUAAGAUAAAACUAGUUGCUGUGAAGGCAAAGAAAGAACUAGAUUCUAGCAAAAAAGAGGCCCAGACUCUACGGGAAGAGCUAGACUCUGUUCGAUCAGAAAAGGAUCAGUUGUCUACUUCCAUGAGAGAUCUCAUUCAAGGAGCAGAAAGCUAUAAGAAUCUUUUAUUAGAAUAUGACAAGCAGUCAGAGCAGUUGGAUUUGGAAAAAGAACGUGCUAAUAAUUUUGAGCAUCACAUAGAAGACCUUACAAGACAAUUAAGGAAUUUGACUUUUCAGUGUGAAAAAUUAAAUUCUGAUAAUGAAGAUCUCUUAGCUCGUAUUGAGACACUACAGUCUAACGUGAAGUUAUUAGAAGUACAGAUUUUAGAAGUCCAAAAAGCUAAAGCAGUGGCAGACAAAGAGUUGGAAGCUGAAAAACUUCAGAAAGAGCAGAAGAUAAAGGAGCAUGCCAGUUCUAUAAAUGAACUUGAAGAACUUCAGCUACAACUUCAGAAGGAAAAGAAACAGCUUCAGAAAACCAUGCAAGAAUUAGAGCUGGUUAGAAAGGAUGCCCAGCAAACCACAUUGAUGAAUAUGGAAAUAGCUGAUUAUGAACGUUUGAUGAAAGAACUAAAUCAAAAUUUAGCUAAUAAAAAUAGCAAGAUAGAAGAUUUGGAGCAAGAAAUUAAAAUUCAGAAGCAGAAACAAGAAACUCUGCAAGAAGAAAUGACUUCACUACAAUCUUCAGUGCAACAGUAUGAGGAAAAAAACACCAAAAUCAAGCAGUUGCUUGUGAAAACCAAAAAAGAACUGGCAGAUUCAAAGCAAGCAGAAACUGAUCACUUAAUACUUCAAGCAUCUUUGAAGGGUGAACUGGAGGCAAGCCAGCAGCAAGUAGAAGUCUAUAAAAUUCAGCUAGCUGAAAUAACCUCUGAGAAGCACAAAGUUCACGAACACCUGAAGACCUCGGCAGACCAGCACCAGCGCACACUGAGCGCUUACCAGCAAAAAGUGACAGCACUUCAAGAAGAGUGCCAUGCUGCCAAGGCAGAACAAGCUGCUAUAACCUCUGAAUUUGAGAGCUACAAAGUCCGAGUUCACAAUGUUCUGAAACAACAGAAAAAUAAAUCUGUGUCUCAGACUGAAACCGAGGGAGCUAAACAAGAAAGAGAACACCUGGAAAUGCUGAUUGAUCAACUGAAAAUCAAAUUACAGGACACCCAAAAUAACUUACAGAUCAGUGUAUCUGAACUUCAGACAUUACAGUCUGAACAUGAUACUCUGCUAGAAAGACAUAACAAGAUGCUGCAGGAAACUGUGUCCAAAGAGGCAGAACUCCGGGAAAAGUUGUGUUCAAUACAAUCAGAGAAUAUGACGCUGAAGUCUGAACAUGCACAGACUGUGAGUCAACUGACGUCCCAGAACGAGGUCCUUCACAGCCGCUUCCGCGAUCAAGUACGCCAUUUGCAGGAAGAGCACAGAAAGACAAUGGAAACCUUACAGCAGCAGCUCUCCAAGGUGGAAGCUCAGCUUUUCCAGCUUAAGAGUGAACCAGCCACAAGAAGCCCAGCUGCUUCUCACCAGCCUUUAAAGAACCUUCGAGAAAGGAGAAGCACAGAUCUGCCUCUUCUGGACAUGUAUGCUGUAACCCGGGAGGAGGGAGAAGGAAUGGAGACAACUGACACGGAAUCUGUAUCUUCCUCUGGCACUCACACACAGUCUUUAGAGCAGCUGCUUAAUUCUCCUGAAACUAAACUGGAGCCUCCUCUAUGGCAUGCUGAACUUACCAAAGAAGAAUUGGUUCAAAAGCUCAGUUCCACCACAAAAAGUGCUGAUCACUUAAACGGUCUGCUUCGGGAAACAGAAGCAACUAAUGCAAUCCUUAUGGAGCAAAUUAAGCUCCUCAAAAAUGAAAUAAGGAGACUGGAAAGAAAUCAGGAACGAGAAAAAUCUGUAGCCAACCUGGAAUACUUGAAGAAUGUCUUGCUACAGUUCAUUUUCUUGAAGCCAGGUAGUGAGAAAGAGAGACUCCUUCCUGUUAUAGAUACAAUGUUGCAGCUCAGUCCUGAGGAAAAGGGAAAACUGGCUGCAAUUGCUCAAGGUGAGGAAGAAAAUGCUUCUCGUUCCUCCGGAUGGGCAUCCUAUCUACAUAGUUGGUCUGGACUUCGAUAAGACUGAUGGGAAAACAUUAUUUAUUAACCAAAUAGAAUCCAUUUGGCAAAAAAGUUUCAUGUAUAUUGCUGUCAUUCUUUUGUCCAAAAGUGUGUGUGUAUGUAUUCACAUCUACGUGUAUUUGUACAUAUGUAAGUCAGAUGUAUUUAAAAAGUCUCCACUUGAAGUAAAAGUAUGAAGUACUUUUUCAGCAGCCUGAAGUGUUGAUACCAGUCCACAGCGCUUUAACUCUGUGACCUCCCAAGCGUGCUGCCAGAUGAAAACACCAAGAACAAAGUCACUCUUUCCCUCUGUGGAGCCUCAGGACCCGCCUGUAUCUAGGCAGUACUGUGAAUUUUGAAGUAAAUUUUGGUACAGUACCAACUGGAAUUUAGAUUUUGAAAAUAAUGUUACAGGACUAUUUAUUGCAAGAGCAAACGUGCAGAUAGAUUAUUAUUAUAAAUUGUUAAAGAAAAUUUGUUAAUUAGAAUAUGAAGGAAAAUGCUUUAUUCAUAAAAUUGACAUGUUUAUUAAGGGAUUAUAAAGCAAAUAUGUGCAGUUAAUUAUGAAACUAACAUUUUAUUUAGUAAAAUGAACUAUUUUUUCUUCUCUAAAAUAUAUAUAACUCAAAACUCACUAUGUUAUCAGAAGCCCUAGUGUUGGCUGCUAUGACAUGGAACAUGAACAUAGGGGACCAGCUCAUUACCUUGGGGUGAUUUCAUGGUGUCUCUCCAGGCUCUUGAGAGGGUUCACCUACUUUUAAGCCAUGAAUCUGUUUUGAGAAUUCUUUUCCAUCUCCUCCAAUAAAAACUUAUCAGAACAUU